UGUCCUCCCGGGCAGAGUUUACAGUGGCGCUCGUUAUAUGACCGGGGAGAAUCACGCCUGUUAUCAACGAGUAUAGAAGACCAGUCAGUAUAAGUUGUUUGCUGUUAUGAAGAAACCCUCAAGAUGUCACAAGUCCGCGUGCAUUUAUCACGGUUUUCUUUAGGCCACAAUGUUUUUACAAGCCGAAGUCAUGCGAAUUUAAGACCAUGUGUCACAAGGAUGCUGUCCCUGACAUCACAGCUUAAUGCAAAACCCAGAAAACCUCCAGAUGAUGAUAAUGAAGCAUUCAAACCCAUCCAGUUCUCAACCAGCAAAGCCAGCCACCGAACCUGGAAAGUGGACCGUUCGAUGGGCAGCACUUACCAGCGGCCCUGGUGGAAAGUUCUGCCCGUCAGCAUCAUUGGAGUGGGCUUCGUCGUCUGGUGCAUGUUCAGGAGAGAGAGCGAGAUAGACGAGUCUCUGGAGAAAAACCUCUAUGAACAUUUACCAGGACUGCUGGCCGAUGAAGAGCAGGAGGAAGUCGGCAUCAAAAACAAACCCUCAUAGUGGCUUAAAAAGGGACAUUUUCAAUUUGGAAUGUUUAUUUAUCGUUCAGAAGUAAAAUGUUUUCUCCAUGCUGAGAAUCCUCAAAUCAACCGUCCACAUUCUGUGCUCUUGAAAGUGUUUGUAUUGAACUGGAUCAUUGUAGCUGGGUUUAAAUCGAAGAUUGUAAAGUCAGUGGCGUUGUAUUGAAAGCAUAAUGGAGAAACUUCGGAAUUGUAAUUUUGGGGUGACUGCUAGUUUAUAAAUAAUGUCAUCAGGGAACCAUUAUUGGACACACUGAAAGUCAACAUUGAGAACAUACUUUAAAGUGAUACUGAUAGUGAGCUGUAAAAUAAACUCAUUUUAGCAUUACAUAAUCAAAGGGGGCAUGUAAAAAUGUACUUGAUAUGGUUUACAUACCAUAGACAGUGAAACUUAAAUUUCUCAUUACAUUAUGCAAGUCAAACUAAAAAUAGGGGAAAUACUUUGCACUGCUCCUAUUUAAAAAAAAAAAACAUGAUACGAGAUGUGAAAAUUAAAGGGUUGCAAAAAGGUUUGCUUUUCCUCCUGAGACUAUUAUUUUUUUUUUUUUUAUCAACAUGCUUUAGUCAUUAUUAGGACCUAGAUCGCAUUUAAUCAAACUUUGUAUAUAUCAUCAAGUUAGCAAGUCUUCUGUGUUGGAAAGACUCAAUUUACAGCUUAAAGUUAAAACACCGUGGCAUCUUAAACCCUACUGAACACAAAAUGAACGGCAAGAAACAUUGAGGUAGUGGAAAGUUUAUUU